AUGGAGAUGAUCACGGGGUCGGCAGCCUUCAUCGCUGCUGCACCGAGUAUCUCUCCCUCCGACCGUCAUUCCACCACCAGCUCAACCGCCACCGCGCUGGGGGAUUCCUCCUCGUCCAUCUCUUCCUCGAUCACAGACUACGCUUCGUACCCGUUGAUCCGUCGCAAUGACCGCACAUACUUCAGAGACCCGGAGAAUGCAUACCCGUUACCGUGCGACUUCGCAGAGAUCCAUCGCCAGACACUGCGCUCGCUGAUGCUCUUCCGUGUCUUCGGUGGCCCAUUCUGCGCUACCAAUCUAGUAGACAACCCCCCCAAACGAGUUCUGGAACUCGCAUGCGGUUCGGGGUUGUGGUCCAAUGUGUGUCAUGACUUCUUCGCGCGUCGCGGCCAUCCCGACAUUUCCUUCACUGGAAUCGAUAUUCUUCCUCUGGCUCCUGACCUGCGUAAGCAGGGGAUGGACUGGCAGUUCAAGCGGCUCGAUCUACGUAAAUAUCGCCGCCUUCCUUUCCCCGAUGAAUCCUUUGACUUUGUCUUCAUCAAAGACACGGGGAUGUGUGCUGACAGCCCCGCCCAACAGGCGGGUGCUCUAACGGAGCCCUUACGGGUGCUGAAACGGGGAGGCACCCUCGAGAUAUGGGAUUCAGAUCUGGUCUUCCGAUCCUUGCUUCCCAACCCCGCGCCAGCUCGCAAACUUGUUUCGAGGGACCAAGAGAUUGCCGAUGCGACAGCCACCUAUACGUUUUCGCCGGCGACCCCGUUCACCAAGGCACAGAAUAAAUACCUGCAGGACUAUAACUCUUGGGUGCAAUCCGCCUUCGACCGUCGUGGCCUCUCCGUGCUGCCUUGUGCGACGAUCGGCAUGUCCUUUACGUCGCAAUUGGAUGCUUUUGAGAGCUUCGACUGUCGUCGGAUUGCGAUCCCACUGGGCGAUAUACGCUGGGAGAAAGACGGACAGAACAAAGACUCGUCCGGCCGUUCGCACAGAACCCUGGCUGCAGAACAGUCUGCGAUUCGACACACGACUCUUCUCACGGUCAUUCAGAUGAUUGAGGGCAUGGAACCCAUUCUCAUGGAAGCCAGUGGGAAGAGCGCGGAUGAAUGGGAAAGGUGGUGGGCAGCCAUGACGGCUGACUUACUCCAAAAGGGAGGCCCAGCCAGUGGAGAGUGUCUGGAAGUGGGCGCCUGGUGGGGGAAGAAAAAGUAA